AUGGCGGUCAGAGAUGCGAGCAAGUCGCCCAGCAGGAAGGAAUGGAGAUCCUUUGCCCUUACUGGCUCGCUAGCGCUCAUCGUCAUGCUUGUCGUCAUGCUCUCUGGCUCAAAGGUGCUGCAAAAUCACCUUGUCCUGACAGACGUCGACGCGGAGCAUCCUAUCCUCACAAAACUCAAGCGAGCCGAUACUGCUUGGGCAGAAAAGCUCGCCCGUCAAUCUCGGACGCUAUCGCAGGCAAAGGCAGAGUACAGGCGACGGUAUCAUCGCUUGCCACCGCCCGGAUAUGAUCAGUGGUACGAGUAUGCGAAGAAGCGCGGCGUCGUCCUCAUCGACGAAUAUGAUAACAUCAUGCGCGACCUCGAGCCUUAUUGGCAAUUACCGCCAGCAGUCCUCAGGCAGCGUACGCUCGAGGCGGUCGAGGAAGUGCCUUUCUUGCACCUGCUUGAGUUCAAAAAUCACUCUGCCUAUUCUGGACCGUCGAAGGCGACUCGAGCCUAUCACUUCUCGAGACUUAUCGAGCCAUUCCGCAAGCAAUUGCCAGAUUUCUCGAUGGCAAUCAAUAACAUCGCAGAGCCGCGUGUACUGGUUCCGUGGAAGGAACAGCAGGAUCUGGCGAACGGCAUCAUGGACGAAACGCCUUUGAAAGAGCGCUUCCCUUCGCAGACUUGGACAGGCGAUGGUUCGGUCUGGUCAGCUUAUGUUGCAAGCUGCCCGCCGGAAACUGCAGUUCGCAAAACACUCGUCAAGGUACGGGCGGACAUGGUGACGACGCCGCGACACACUGUCAUCGCUCGGAACCACACUACUAAGCGCACUGGCAAGCGACUCAUUUCGCCUCCACCGCGCGAUACUGUCCUGCGAGGCACUACCAACAAGACAGCGGCCGGUUCGCUUACGAUCACACAAUCACUAGUCUCACCUUCUUUCACGUUUGAGGACGAGACUGCUGUCAGCAAAGAAACACUUUGCAACAAUCCGCGCAAGAAAGAUACGAUUGGCCUCUUCUACUCUGAUUGGCGCACUCUUCAGGGCCUGUAUCCUAUCUUCUCUGUCAGCAAAAUUGAUGGCUUUGCCGACAUCAGCAUACCCAGUCACUACUAUGUCGGCGCAAGACGCGCAGGCUAUACCUUUGACCCUUCGCCAGAGCUCGAUGGCAAGAAUGCCAACCCGCUGAAUUGGCCCCGAAAGAUACCCCAGCUCUUCUGGAGAGGAUCGACCACCGGUGGCGGCAAUAAUCCACCUCGCCAUCAGCACUAUUUCACUCGACAUCGUUUCUUGUCCAUCAGCUCGCCCAAAGAGUCUGUCAAAUCACAAGAGCUUAUUUAUCCGAUAGCGUCGGGCAGUAAUCCAAUCCUGCAUCGCGAGAUAUAUCCUCGGUAUCAGCUGAACAGACGUGUUAUGAAUGCUUCGUUCACGUCGCUGUCCGGCUGUGGCGAUGCUGUCGUCUGCAAUGAGACGAUGCAAGAAUAUUCAUUCGCCAAGCCGACACCGCUUGCCGACAUGCAAAAUUACAAAUUCAUUCUUGAUCUCGAUGGCCUUGCCUACUCAGCCCGAUUUCUGGGUCUGCUCGCCAUGGGCACCGUCACACUCAAGUCGACGGUCUAUGACGAGUUCUGGAGCGAGUUGCUCGUGCCAUGGAAACAUUACGUACCGGUCUCGCAAGACUUUGCGGAGAUCUACAACAUAUUGGCAUUCUUCGAUAGUCCAUCGCUUACCGGUAGACCUGUCACAGCCGGCGCAAGGCGGCAGUGGCCUCUUGUCAAUUUUUUGCCGGCUUCAAUCGCGUUGAGUAGCUGCUUAGCGCAUCCUGAACAAUUCUCGGCAAGCAAUUACAACUCGACCAGUCAAUUCUCCAAUUCGCUGGCUGGCUGGACGUCCUGCGGCAAGCUGUUUCUGUCAGAUGUACGAGGUCAUCCGAGAUUGCCGCCCGGGGAAGCAGCCGCGAUCAGGAUAGCGACUGCCGCACAAGACUGGAAGCGAGACUUUGGUGCAAAGGAACACAUGGAAGUCUGGGGCGCCCGGCUAGCGCUCGAAUGGGCACGACUCUGGAACCGAGACUUUGAAGACUUCUGA